AAUGUUUUUAAAAUCACUUUAAGCCAAUUGAGUUUGUAUUUAGUCGAGAUCAUUCGAGUCACUUGAAGAGAAAACAACGCAGACAGACUUUGCCACAAUCCUGUGAAUGGACAUUUAUUCGUGGAGUGAAGCAGCAGCAGCAGCAGCGAUAAACGAUUUGAGAAAUCAUCAAAUCUGAAGAUGUCAGCAAGAAAGGAUAAUUACAAACGGGUCAAAGCAGAGGUCAGGGCCACACUGAAAAGUUUGAAGUCAAAGAAGUUCCGACGAUUUAAACGCCAUCUGUGUAAGAAGAUUGAUAAGAGUGUUAAGAAGAUGGGAGUGAAAGACCUUGUGGCGGUACUGAUGAAGAAAUAUGGAGAAGAGGCCAGUAACAUUGUGUCCUCCAUUCUAAAAGACAGUAAAUUGAGACAAAGAAAAGAAAAGAAAAGACAAAGUCAACAAGGCUUUGAGAAUGAGGAGAUUCCCAUUAAGGAGGAGAUGGAUGACCAACAGGUGACACCUCUGUCUAAGGCCAACCACACUGGAGGACCACUCGCUGAACACAGAGGAUACACAGCAACUAAUGGAAGCAACGUUUGUGCACCAACGUUUUCUGGUGUUUCAGUUGGAAAUAACCUGAAGAUAGAAAAUAAUUUCCAUGUGUACCCUGGAAAGAUUGACCAGCAGAUUCCACAGUUAAGCCCAGUGCCACUGUAUGACCACAGCAAGGAGAAGGAAAACAUCCUUCACAUCAAAGACAAGAUCAAAAAACGCCAGAAGGUGAAUUCUGAAUGCAUACUAGAGGGUAUUGAAACCCAAAGCACAUCAGUCCUUAACAAGGUCUACACAGAGUUGUACAUUGUCACCUGUGAUUCUACCAGCAUCAAUAAGGAACACGAGGUGUGGCAGGCUGAGACGGCACACCUCAAAGACUUCUCUGAGGCCUCCGUCAUAAAAUGCCAAGAUAUCUUCAAGCCUGCUGAAGACGAAACUAUCAGGUGUGUGGUGACAAAGGGAAUCGCUGGCAUUGGGAAAACUGUGGCAGCUCGGAAGCUCAACUUGGACUGGGCAGAUGGAAAAGCGAAUCAAGAAAUCGAUUUUGUAUUCCUCCUAUCUUUCCGGAAGCUGAAUUUGAUAAAAGACCAGCACAGUCUGCAUGGACUUCUUCAGCACUUCUACCCUGAACUUAAAGACAUAAACGUUAAGGAGAUGUAUGAUGAACAUAAUGUUUUGUUCAUCCUUGACGGCCUGGAUGAGAGCCAACUACAACUAAAGUUUGAUGAAAUUGAAAACAGGCUGGUAUCUGAUGUGUCUGAGUCUGCUUCACUGGACGUUUUGCUUACAAACCUCAUCACUGGCUAUCUUCUCCCUAGGGCUCUCCCUCUGGAUAACCUCCCCGUCCAGUAG